GUUUCAAAAGAUCCCAUUUCUGAAAAUUUCGACAUAGACGAAUUCGCGAUUGAAAAUAUGAGUACGAAUGAAAAUGAACAAACUACAUCACAAAGUGUUAACACUAUGGGUUGCGACGAUGCCAUUGAAGUUAAUUCUGAAUUAAUUAUACCUCAAAAAGAUCAUGAUCCAAGUUUCGUUAUCACUCCUACUUUAAACUCGAUUCAAAUUGAUGCAGCAGAGGUACCAUUCACCAUCAGUGAAAAUAUCUGUUUUCACUUGUAUCAAUGUUAUUUGCACUCAAAGUUUUGUGACAUUGAACUUCAAGUACCUUACGUCCAAGAUAAUUCAAUCAAAGUUCAUGCAAUUAUUUUAUCUCGUUCUCAAUAUUUGAAGAAAUUAAUCGAGACCGAUGGACCUGUCAUCGUAAUGGACGUUGAUGAUCCCAAUAUGAACCAAGAAGCAUUGUACAUUUGUAUCGGUCAUCUCUAUACACCUCAUUAUAACUGUGUUAACACCGGAACAAUUAAUUU